UCAACGUGGCUUCCGCUCCCAGCCGAAUUGCUAAGCUAACUACAUAGCUAUUAUCUGCAAAUUAACAGCAGUGUAAACGUCCUGUAUCAUCAAAGCUAUAUGCCUUUUCUUAUAUAUUUUUUGUCUCCAUUCAUCAGGAAUCUGUAAGGACGUCACAGUCCACGCAAGCAGCAUUACACGUUGAGCGUGUUUUUCCCGAACUAGUAAGCGCGUCGGAGUGUAGCUUUCAGGCCUGAAAACUGGUAACUCGGGGAAAGCGAACGAAACCUAAAAAAUCUGAGAAAACGUAUUUAUCCCUCAAAGGAGGCGAGAGUCUUAAAAUGCGAGGCUCUUACGCAGACCGAGAUCGAGACCGUGGUCGUGACAGAGGAAGCCCUCGUUUCGGGUCCAGCAGAGGCGGCUCAGCAUCAAUUAAAAAAUUCGGCAGUCCUGGUGACCGUUUACGGAAGAAAAGAUGGGAUCUGGAGGAACUUCCCAAAUUUGAGAAGAACUUUUACAAGGAGCAUCCGGAAGUACAGCGCAUGAGUCAGUAUGACAUUGAGGAAUACGGAAGGAAGAAAGAAAUAACUAUUCGAGGUUCAGGCUGCCCAAAGCCCGUCACUGGCUUCCAUCAAGCUAAGUUUCCUCAAUAUGUAAUGGAUGUCUUGAUGCAGCAAAACUUCAAGGAGCCAACAGCCAUUCAGGCUCAAGGAUUCCCUCUCGCCCUCAGUGGGAGAGACAUGGUGGGAAUUGCACAGACCGGCUCAGGGAAGACCCUGUCGUAUCUGCUGCCAGCCAUUGUGCACAUCAAUCAUCAGCCCUACCUGGAGCGUGGAGAUGGACCCAUUUGUUUAGUUCUGGCCCCCACAAGAGAACUGGCACAGCAGGUCCAGCAGGUGGCGUGCGACUAUGGGAAAUCAUCUCGUAUCAAAACCACUUGUGUGUAUGGGGGUGCUCCCAAAGGACCCCAGAUCCGCGAUCUCGAGAGAGGGGUUGAAAUCUGCAUCGCCACUCCAGGGCGUCUGAUUGACUUUCUUGAGUCAGGGAAGACCAACCUGCGGCGAUGCACAUAUUUAGUUCUGGAUGAAGCUGACCGCAUGCUGGACAUGGGAUUUGAACCCCAGAUUCGCAAAAUUGUGGACCAGAUCAGGCCGGAUAGACAGACGCUGAUGUGGAGUGCCACCUGGCCAAAAGAGGUACGUCAGCUGGCUGAAGACUUCCUUAAAGACUACGUGCAGAUCAAUGUUGGCGCUCUUGAGCUCAGUGCGAACCACAACAUCCUUCAAAUAGUUGACGUGUGCAUGGAUAGUGAAAAGGACAACAAGUUGAUACAGCUGAUGGAGGAGAUCAUGGCUGAGAAAGAGAACAAGACUAUCAUCUUUGUCGAGACCAAGAAGCGAUGUGAUGACCUCACACGUAGGAUGAGACGUGAUGGGUGGCCAGCAAUGUGCAUUCAUGGUGACAAGAGCCAGCCAGAGAGAGAUUGGGUGUUAUCAGAGUUCCGCAGUGGAAAAGCUCCAAUCCUCAUCGCAACUGAUGUGGCUUCCCGUGGUUUGGAUGUGGAAGAUGUAAAGUUUGUCAUCAACUAUGACUACCCCAAUUCCUCGGAGGACUACAUCCAUCGGAUCGGACGCACGGCCCGCAGCAAUAACAAAGGCACUGCGUACACUUUCUUUACUCCUGGUAACCUCCGUCAGGCUCGUGAUCUGAUCAGGGUUCUGGAGGAGGCCAGACAGGCCAUCAAUCCCAAACUGCUGCAGCUGGUUGACACUGGACGUGGAGGAGGCGGAGGUGGCCGUCCCCGUUUCCGAGGAAGCUCCACUUCCAACAAUCCCAACCUCAUGUACCAAGACGAGUGUGACCGGCGAAUGCGCUCAGUUGGGGGAGGCAGCAGCAGUGCCAAAGAUGGCCGUGGGAGCAGCAGCAGCAGCAGCUACAGCCGUGACGCCCGUGACGCCCGUGACAGUCGAGGCUCGAGCAGCCGGGAUGGGGACCGCCUGUCCUCCUCAUCCUCUUCCUCGUCUUACAGGGAUCGCAGCAGCAGGAAUGGAGGACGCAGCUAUGGCUCCAGCUCCAGCUCUAGCUCGAGCUCGUACCAGAAGGGUAGUAGUAACAGCAGCAGUAGUACUAGCCAGUACAGCUGUCCCAGGGGCGGUUCUGCACCCGUGGGAGUCGAAGUGGGACCAGUCCCACCCUCCUUGUCAGGCCCCCAACCUCUCAUGGCCCAGCAGUUCAACCCGCCCCAGCCCGUGAUGGGCCUGAUGGGGCACUCAACCUUCCAGUUUGCUCAACCACCACCCCCACCACCGCCACCUCCACCUUCUCCUCCUCCUCCUCCUCCUCCUCCUCCUCCUGUUAUGGUGUGCGUGUGUGAGGGAGUGACCUUCGGCCAGCUAUGCCAGGGGAACCCCAACAACAACCCGAGGACAUCAGACAUUUGGGGUCAAGGUCACUUUGGUGCCCCGCGAGGUGGCAGGUCUCACCUCGGUUUGGACAUCGCUUGCGACGACAGCUCGGUGGUCUACGCUCCAUUUGACGUCACUCUCCGUGGGAGAAUCAUCGUCUAUUCUGACCCCAAGAAGGCAGCCAUCAACAAUGGCAUCAACCUGGAGGGUGAAGGUCUAUGUGUCAAACUCUUCUAUGUGAAUCCGGACAGGAUUUCGGGAAGCGUGAGCAAGGGCCAGCGUCUGGGCGUCAUGAUGCCCAUGCAGGCGGUCUACCCGGGAAUCACCUCGCACGUGCAUGUGCAGAUGUGCGACAAGAAUGACCCCACAGGGUACUUCUGAGGAUUGGGGUGGAGGCACUUUAAUGACCUUAAAUGGCACAUUUGGAUUUCAUUGACAGGAUCUAUUCAAACAUUGGCACUCAAACAUGGGACAAUAUUUAUCUAUUGGAUUACUGCUAAUCAUAAGACUAGCAAACAAGUCAAGCCUACUUUUAAAGUUUCAGAAGUUUUUUUUUGUGUGUUUUUGUUGUACAAAAUUUGUGUCAAGAAUAAAGAUGUCAAUGCA